AUGGAAUCGCAGCCCAAGCAUCCGAGGCGCGAAAGCGUCAGCACUACGCUCGUCCGGGACACGUGUCCUUUGACAAACGCAGCUAGCUUUAAACUUACCACCUUAGCCGUGGAAAGCUUUGGCCGCCUUGGAGAGGAGGGUUACGAGUUCAUCGAUGAACUUGCGACACAUGCCGUGGGAGGAAGGGACGGAGGAACGAUGGCUCUGAAAGGAGUCUUCAAGGAACGACUUCUUCAGAUCGUUUCGGUGGCUACACAGGUGGCCAUAUCUCGGCGAGUGCAGAGGUACAAGCUCGCAUUGCGCGGGCGUCAAGACGCCGAAAACAGGCGAACAAGAUCGACCUCGGACCAGUCAACGCCAAUGAUAUGGGGAUGGAGUGUAGACGCAUCGUAGAACGCGUUUUCGUUUGAAGUUGACGUCUUGUUUGAGAGUAGAUGUGACAGAUUUGCGUAGAAUAGGGUAAGAUGUUAUCAUGAACGGAGAUGAAAGGGCUUUUUCAACACGGAGAUGUAGCAUGGAUCAAAGCAUUUGUUGGAUUUCAGCUUUUACAAGCGGACAUCAACGCAGUGGUAUUUUUGCAAGCUUACGAACGCAUAUAGGAUACCAUCAAGAUU